AAUCAUGAUUCCUGUCUCGGGACUUGCAAAACUCAGUAAAGGCGUGCUAGAAAUUGCCGGCCCUGAUGCUGCCAAGUUUCUCAAUGGGUUGGUAACCACGCGGUUCUUGCCCAACAUCGUCAAGAAGAAUCAGUACACCAUCAGUGAUGUGGAAUUCAAACAUGUUAAUUUGGGUAAGCUCAUCAACUUACACGAAAACUGGGGAAUAAUGCACGAAGACAUCUACGACCCCGACAACGAGAUUCUCAUCCGCCGUGAUGGGGUGAGCUCGAUGUUCUUAAACUCCAAGGGCCGCGUCAUUUCCGACUCGUUUCUUUAUCCCAAAAGCUUCCACCACCUCAAUGACAAUGUUCCGUCGUACUUGGUAGAAGUGGAUCUGAAGAUCAUGGGCAAAUUGGGGAUGAUGAUUCAGAUGCAUAAACUCAUGUCCGACAUCCAGAUCAAGAAGGCCCCUUAUCAUUCAUACUAUUACUACAACGAUUCUGUCGAAUUCGACGAGUUUUUAGAUCAUAUCCAGGUGAAGUACCUAAAUACCUAUACCCCCAAAGAUGCCAUUGCCAGUGCCACGAAGUUCAUAAACCAUGGAGUAGUGGUAAACAAGGACGCCAGCGACAACCUUUUGGGGUUUGCCAUUGACAAUCGAAUCCCCAACUUUGGUCUCAAGUUCCUCACUAAAGAGCCCAUCUCUUCGGACUUUUUCAGCGAUGAAUUUAAAUCUUCCUUCAAGGUACUGGAGGUGGAUGAAGACACUAUCGCCAAGCGACGCUUCUUGAAUGGGCUCUAUGAGUCGGGUGACUCGCCGUCCAACUUCAGUUUGUUACCGUUUGACAUGAACUUGGACUACAUCAAUGGCUUGUCUCUCGACAAAGGCUGUUAUGUGGGACAGGAAUUGACCAUCAGAACUUAUAACGGGGGGGUGAUCCGGAAACGAAUUGUGCCAGUCCAGUUCUUUGAAAUCAAUGAAAGCAACUUCGAGAAAUGUGAUAACGACGAGUUGCAGUUGAACGAGAACGACGAGGUAAUUGAGCAUUUGAGCAAAAUGAACGUUUCGAAUCUCGACAAACUUGAAAUCACUCCGUUGGACGACGAACCCCAGCCCGUCAACCAGCUUCUGCCCAGUCCUUUUGGUGAGUCUCCAUUUGGAGGAGCUGCCAAACCUCGUCGCCUGAAGGUUGGAAAGUUGUUGUCGGUAAAGGAUAAUCUUGGAUUUGUGCUCAUCAACUUGACCGAUGCCCAUAAGAAGUACUUCAAGGUGGAGAUUCCGGACCUCAGUCCCAAGUUCGUGGGUAUCAAGAUCAUCAAGCCGAACUGGUGGCCGGAGGAGGAUUGAACAUGGCCUGACUAGCAUUAUAUACUCAUUGGCAUUAAGCAUUUCACUAUUUUAUUUAUGGCAUAAAACUUUAUCCUAAACGAUUCUCUGCAUAUAUAUCACAAAAAGUAAAAAGCCUACUUAUUUAAGGCGUAGUCGCCUGCUAACCACCGGUUGAAAAACUCCAAUGAGUUUUGUGGUUGGUCAUGAGGAACCAUAUGACCUGCUCCGAACACCCUCAAGAACGUCAAGUUCUCAUAGUUCUUCACAUUUCCAGCAUGAAUAUCUCCAUUGUACCACUUCUCAACAGACGAAGUACUAUAACCUUCAGCUCCAGACCACUGUAACCGAUCAGCCCAUGCCUCAACACCCAUCCAGUUGCAAAUAAAGUCUUUGUCUCCAGCAUACAACAACACCGGUAAGCCCUGUUCCAAAACAUCAUGAAUGGCAUCUCUGAAGUACGGUUGCAUCCAGUCACCCAUCAUCCGGAAGUGCUUGUUAAUAUAUGGGUUUGAACUGUGGUAAGAUUUGAUUUCAGCACCAAUUGCAUCUUUGACGGCAGUAGAGUUGAGAUACCGUUCCAUAUCUCCAAUUUCAGUAUAACAGGCGUUCUCACCUUUGCAUUCGAGUGUAACGUCGUACAUGUUGGUUCCUGCUUCAGCACAAGGCUGUAUUUGCUGCUCGUUACAAAGUUCGGUUGCAGCAUAACAGUCGGCAGCAGUUUCGCUAUCGUAACAUUUGGCAAUAAGGGCAAUACAUUCAGGAAUAUUGGCCUUCAUAGUAGCACAUGUUUCCUCAUCCAAUACAGCUGGGUAACCACCCUCACCACAAGCCAUUGGCUGGUAGUACUCGUACUGGACCAACAUAUCUGUUAAGCCGUUUCCAACUAGAAUCGACUGCAACUCAAAGUUUUUAUCUUUUUUGUUGAGAAUAUCCUUGGCCAACUUCGGGACAUAGUGGCCCCCAUAGGACUCACCGGAAAUGUGGAAAGGUACCUUGGUAAACUGGGGGAAUCCUUUGAAAAAAAGUUCUAAAAAGGUAAUAACGUCUUCACUGGUGCUAACGGUAGUGUUGACAUCGUGAGACGAGUAGGAAAAUCCAGCGUUCACAGGCGAAUCCAAGAAGAUCAUGGUGGCAUUGUUGUUCCAGGAGUAGUCGUUUCUAACGACUUUCAACUCGGGGCUUACAGACGAAGGUCCCAAUUCGAAGAAUAAUCCCAUCAUCGAAGAGCUACCAGGUCCACCAUUGAGCCACAACACAACUGGGUCUGUGGUCGGAUCGUUUCUGCUUUCAAACAUC